CAUGCGCACAUCUGAUAGUUUUGUUUGAAGGAGUUCUCGUAGCCAGAGAAGACUGGACUGAAUUUGUCCGGAAAGAGUGGCUCUCCACAAGGUUGCCAACUAACAUCAUAUUUUAAAGGAACCUAUGAGUGAAAAGCGCCUCUUUUUAAGCCGCGGUUCUUCUCGAAAAGGCGCAUAGCUGCUUGAUGCAUUACUACCAUCAUGUUAGGGCAUUAUCCAAACGUGGAAAAAUCGCAGCUUGUCAACUACGUGGAGGAUUAUUUGGAAUGUGUCGAAUCGCUGCCUUUGGACAUACAGAGGAAUGUUUCAUUGUUGCGAGAGAUCGACACCAAGUAUCAAGAGGUCCUCAAGGAGGUGGAUGACAUCUAUGAAAAGUACAAAAAGGAGACUGACAGUGGGCAGCGCAAGCGACUGCAGAUUCAGUUGCAGCGGGCGCUCAUCAGCAGCCAGGAGCUGGGAGAUGAGAAAAUCCAUGUGGUCACACAGAUGAUGGAGGUGGUGGAGAACCGCUCGCGUCAGAUCGAGGCCCACUCGCCUUGUUUCCUGGAGCCGGGAGACGCGGAGCGGCCGGCGGAGAAGGUGAGGCACGACCCUGCGAGCACCUCCGCGAACGUUAUGCCUGAGCGCUCCUCGGCGCGGCGACCCAGACGUCAGCGCAACAGCGAGAGCCGUGACACUUGUGCCAACGGAGCCCUGGAAGACCUGGGCGAAGAGCCUCCGCAGCAGCCCCGUGAGAAAAAGUCCAAGUCGGCCAAGAAGAAGAAGCGCUCCAAGGCCAAGCAAGAGCGAGAAGCGUCGCCGGUGGAGUUCACCAUCGAUCCCAACGAGCCCACCUACUGCCUCUGUGAACAGGUGUCCUACGGGGAGAUGAUUGGCUGCGACAAUGAGCAAUGUCCUAUUGAGUGGUUCCAUUUUUCCUGUGUCGGACUGACCUACAAGCCCAAGGGUAAAUGGUAUUGCCCCAAAUGCAGGGGCGACAGUGAAAAGACUAUGGAAAGUGCAGAUAGGGCCAAGAAGGAUAGGCGGUCCAGGUAGUGCCUUACAGAAGAUGUGCUAGAUUGUUUAAGUGUGGGGGUUGGCGAUUUUUGUGUUUAACUUAUGUUAAAAGGUUCUCCUCAUGCACUUAGCUGAAAAGUUUCCAAACAGGUGCUGUUGUUGCUUUUGCAUUAGGAUGGGGAAACGACCAACAGACGUAAAUAACCCUGGAAACACAGAUGUUUAAGAUACUGCCACUAAUGUCCAUAAGACAACAAAGAGUUCUUUUCUAAGCUUUUUUUUUUUCCUCUUAACUGCUGAUUUCGGUAAGUCUUGAGAGUUUAUAUAUGUUGGAGGUCACCCGGUCCAGGGUAAUACAUGUUAUUAAAAAAGAGGAAAGUGAUCAAAAUGCACAGGGUUUGAUGAACAUUAUGUCAACACCUUUUAUUUGCAUUUCUUGUUCUUUCGUUCCACAUUUUAGAAAGUAUAUAUGAAAACACACCUCUGAAAUGUCUUCCAGUGAGAGAACAAAUUCAUUUUCUUUGUUACUGUUUUGGAGUGAUGUUUUUUUUUUUUUUUGUUAAAAAUUCUCUUUUUUUAGGUUUCAUCUAUUUAAAUAAAUCAGUGCUUGUUAUGUCUCUAAUCUGAUGCUUGUUGUGUCACAUGGAAAAUAUAUAUACGUUUUUGGAUAUGCAGACACUAUUUUCUGCAUCUAAAAAAAUGCUCAAAAAGAAAUAAUUUACACUACUAGAUAAAAGCUUAGACACAUUUGACUGAACUUAUGUCUACUUUUAAAAAUAUUUGGAUGUAAAGGCUUGUUCUCAGAGUAUAAAUUAUGGCUACAUAAGAAAAUUGUUACAAAACUUUUUUUUUUUUUUUUUUUU